AUGUUACUCUAUGAAGACUAUUUUACGAGUGAUACUUCUCCUUCAUCAUCAUUAAUUCCUAGUUCAAUAUUAGAUGGAACUGUUUACGAUAUUAUCUUAUUAUCACCAUCACAUACACAAAAAGAUUACAAACAACAAUAUACAUCUAUUAUUAAUUGGCUUGAUAAUAGGCUUCCAGUUCAUACAUUACCUGUUCAUACAUGUACACAACAAAUAAAUACAACAAAUUCAUCAUCAUUUGAUAAUCAAAUAUUACGUGAAACACUUCUUGAACUUGAUCGUAUUGUUGAAAAAGAUAUUAAAGAAUUAGAAGCUGAAUGUCAUCGUCAUGCUACAAAUCGUACACAAACAACAAAUCGUUCGGGACAUACAACACAUCAACAACGUUCACGUUCAGUUGAUUCUCGUCGACAUCUUCGACCACCACCACGACCUCCAACAUCAUCUUCAACAGCUUUAGCACAAGGUAUUAAUACAACAACAUCAUCAUCACAUACAACAGAUGAACAUCGUCUUUAUGAACGUCGUAUGCAAAUGGAAAAAUCUAUAACAACACGUACACGUUCAGCACCAAGACUUAAUAUAAUAACAAAUGAUACAAUGAGUACAUUACGUAAAAUAAAUACAACCGGUGGUGGACCAAUAACAAUGUUAUAUAAAAUUCCACCACCACCAUUUUCACGGUCUAGUAGUUCAAGUUCACUUACAACGGAAACAACACUUCGUGUAUCAAGUCCAGAACCAGAUGAACAUGAACCACUUAAACCAUUGUAUAUAACUGAAAUAACUGUACCACCAAAACCAAUUGUACAUGUUCAUGAACCAAGAAAAACAACUGUUGUUACAAUAACAGAUAAAACAGAAAUUGAACGUCGUAAUCGUGAAAUUGAACGUCUUGAACAAGAACGUCGAACAUUAUUAUCUGAAAAAGAAAUUUUAUUAAAAGAAAUUGAUCGAUAUAAACAUCGACCAGUUAUAAAAAUUCCUGAACAAAAAUCUACAUUUGUUAAUAUAAUAACUGAUCAUGAACAUAUUGAACAAACACAUACUCAUCAUUUACCAUUAUUAAAACCACAAACACGUGAAGUUGCUAUGCAACAUAUUGUUGAAGAUGAAAAACCACCACCAUUACCACCUAAACAACGACAACAACGUGAUGUUGCUAUAAGUCAUAGAACAGAAUAUGAUGAUGAUGAUGAAAAACAAGCAGAAAUUGUUCGAAGAAAAUUAGAAGAAAUUAAAAAUUAUUAUACUGAACGUAUACAUUAUCUUGAAGAUCGUAUAUUUGAACAAGAAAAAGAUAUUGAUCGUUUAACAGAACCUAAAAGUCAACGACAUGUUAAUACACAAUGUCAACCAACAAUGCAAGAUCGUGCACUUGUUACUGAUACAUUUCGAUCAGUUCGUGAUGUGGCAUUAACAUGUCAUCUUCAACCAACAUUACCUGGUCCUGUUACACAUCGUGAUGUUAAUCUUCAAUGUAAUAAAUAUGAUUUAAUACAACAACGUGAUGUAUCAAUGGAAGUUUUACCAGAUAUACCAAUAAAACGUGAUGUAUCAAUUGGUGUAUCAAUUGAUAUUACAUCGGAUAAACAUUAUCGUGAUGUUGGUACUCAUGUUAAUUUUGAUUAUAAACCUGAAAUACGUCAACGUGAUGUUGCUGUUAUGAUUGUACCUGAACCUAUACAAAAAUUUGAUCGAUCAUCAAAUACAAAUAUUAUACAAACAAGAGAAUUUGGAGCUUUUGCUAAUACAAUUGAACCACCUAAACCUCCACCAAAACCAUCAAUGCGUCCAGCUGCUACAGAUACACGUAAUUUAAUCAUACAAAAAGAUACAGCAUGUGGAUCUGAUGAAACUAAACGAGCAUGUGAUACAUCAACAGAUACAUUAUCACUUAUAUCAUUACAUGAUCGUGCUAGUGGACUUGAUUUUCCACCUGAAUUACUUUCACGUCAUGUAUCAACAGAUACACGUACAUUAAUAUCUACACGUGAUAAUUUUUCAGCAACAAUACCUAUUACACCACCAAUUCAAAUUCAUGCACAAACACAAUCUAUACCAACUAUACAACAUCAUACAUCAUCAAAUACAAAUCCACCAGCUGAACAACGACAUACAGGUGUACAAGCUGUUCAAGAACAACCAUUAGUUAAACAUAGUACCACAUCAACUGAUAUAAAUAUAUUUCAUCAAAUAGGUCAUUUAAAACAUAAUAUAUCAAAUACAGAAUUCAAACGAUCAACAGAUCGUUCAACAACAACUGAACGUCAACAAUUAUGUGAUUAUGGUAUAAAUACUGAACCAAAAAUAAUGUAUUCAAAAGAUGUUGGUGAUUAUGAUGUACGUAUUAAUCCAAAUGAACAAUUAAGAGAAUAUAGUGCACAUGAAGAAUUUACAUGGAAUACAAUAUAUGGACGACGUCCACCAUUACAUAGUCAACGAACAACAUAUGAAUGUGGAUUUCAAACAGAUUUAUAUGAUACUAAACGUGAAGUUGGAUAUAUUGAAAAAUCAUUAAAACAACAUGAAGAUAUGAUUGAAGAACAACGACAAGAAAUAAUAACAUUUCGUGUACCUAAACCAUCAUAUGAAACAACAACUGAAGAAACAUAUGAAACAAUUGUAACAACAGAAAAAAAACCUCGAAUAGAAAAAUUUGAAGAAAUACGACAUGAUAAUAUUGAUACAACAAUAAUUAAAAGUGAAUUAAAUGAAUGGAGACGAUCAUUAGAUACUAGUAAUAUAAUGAAAACAUCAAUUGAUAAUAUAAAACAAGAACGAAUACGUUCUCGUUCACCAGAAGAACUUGUUGAAGAAUCUUAUGAAGUUGUAUCAACACUUACAAAACCUAUUGAAACUGAUUAUUUAAUUACAUCAACAAUACCAAAAUCAAAACAACAAUAUAUUGAUUUAACAACAGGAAAACUUCCAUCAAGUGAAGAUGAUAGUUCAUAUUGUGAAGAAUGGACUGUUACUGAAGCUAAACGUAAGAAAGAUGGACAAACAGUUAAAACUAUUAUUGAAAGAGGUGGUCAUCAUCGUUAUAAUAUCGAUGCUGAACAUAUAACUACUUCAUCAAAAGAUCUAGCAACAGAAACUUCAACUCAAUUACGACAUUAUUCAGAUGAAACAAGUAAUGUUAAUCUUGGUACACAAAUUCGUGAACAUGAAGAAGUAACUCAAUUAUCUCCAUCAACUGUACGUAAAACAACAAUGUAUGAAGCUCAUCGUACACUUGGUAGUGGACAACCUGCUCUUGGUGUUACAUCAACCGGUUUUCGUAUAUUUCCAACAGUUAGUAGUACUCAUACAAAACAAGAAGCAACUAAUGAACAAAAUGUUGAAGAAAAAUAUGAAGUUACUUUAUCAUCAUAUGAUGAAUCUGGUUUACGAAUGCUUUCAUCUGAGCCAAUGAGACUAACAUCUACAAUGGAAGAAGAAUUUAAACUUGAUGAAGAAAUGUAUAUUGCAUGUGCGAUUGUUAAUGAAUCACUUUAUGAUAAAAAUGCCGAUAAAAAGAAAGUGCAUAAUUGUCUUCAAUUGAUUCAACAAGAAUGGUUUCGUAUAUCGAGUCAAAAAGAAGUAAAUGGUCGUUUAGUCAAUGGUUAUUUGAACAGUAUAAAAGAACAUUUUUCAAAUUUUUUACUUGAACGUAUUGUUAAUUUACAAGAUGCUAAUGGAAACACUGCUCUUCAUUAUUGUGUUACUAAUGGUCAUUGGCAUGUAGUUAAUAUGUUAUUAGAUACAAAAGUAUGUGAUGUAUGUUUACAAAAUAAUGCUGGAUAUACAGCUGUAAUGAUGGCUGCAGUUAUUGAUAUAAAUAAUAAUGAACAAAAACAAAUUGUUCGUCGUCUAUUUCGUGAAUCAGGAAAUGUUAAUGUUAAAGAUACAGUUAGUAAUCAAACAGCAUUAAUGCUUGCUGUUAAACAUGGAAAAGUUGAUUUAGUUGAAUUAUUAUUAGAAAAUGGUGCUGCUGUUAAUUUACAAGAUAUUGAUGGUUCAACAGCAUUAAUGUGUGCUGUUGAACAUGGAAAUAUAAAUAUUGUUAAAUUACUUUUAACAAGACCUGAAUGUGAUGUUAAUAUAACAGAUAAUGAUGGUCAAACAGCUGUUACUAUUGCAACAAUUAAAGAUCGUAAAGAUAUUUUAGUUGCAUUAUAUGCUAAAAUGAAAGAACGAAAAGGACAUCAUUCGGCAUUAGGUAGCAAGCCUCGUACCACAAGUAGCUCGACAACGAGCAGAUUACCAAUACCUGACAGAUCUACCAUGAGCAGUUCGAAUUUGAAAACAACAACAGAAACAAUGAGCACUUCUUCAUCUAGACGAAGUGGUGGUUAUGACUCGAGUAGUAGUACGGGUCCAACUGUAUCAAAAUUUCGACGCUAUUAA